AUGUCACAGAAUUUAAAAGAGUUGAAUAGUGAUGAUGUCACUUUCAAUAUCAUAUUGAAUGAGAUAUUGAAUCAUUAUUUGAAAAUAAAGGAAUCUCAUGAUGAAUUACUUGAUUAUGGUAAUCGAAAGAUUCAUAGAUUAGAGAUGACAGCAAGUGAGAGGAGGAGCAGUGGUAGUAGUAGAACAAAUAAUAUUAGUAGUAGUUGUCAGAAUCAGUAUAUUGAUGAUAAUGAAAAUGAUCUGUCAAGAGAUCUACUAGAAGAGAAACAACAUUCAAAACAAUUAACAAAUAGUAAUGGCAACAACAAAAACAACAUUAAUAACAAUUCAUUUGUGUCGUCCGUUGAUGCAUCUAGUUUCGAUCCACACCAAUUAGCUGCACUCACUAAAACAGAUGAUGAAAAUGAUGAUGGUGAUAGUUUAGAUAAGUCAAUUGAUUUACCAACAACUGACAUCAAACAACAACAGCAACAACAACAAGAUAAUAGUCCAAUUCAAAUUGUUUCAGAUGAUAGAGAAGAAGAAGAUGAUAGAGAGGAUGAAGAAGAUGAAGAUAUGAUAGAUCUAAGUACACAGAAACCAAUGAAUGAAAUUGAUAAUGACAAUGAAGAUGACAAAGACAACGACAAUGACGACUACAACAAAGAGCAUAAGAAGAUGGCUUUGAAUCAAUCGGUAUUGGAUGAAUCUGAACCACUUGUUGCCAAGAAUAAUAAAGAGAAUCUAAUAGAUGAAUACUCAGUCCUCAAGAAGGACUUUGAAUACAUUGUAAACUCAACACAAUCUCAUUCCAUUAGAUUGAAUGAACUCUGUCAACUUCUUUCAUUUAAAUUAAAUGAACAACUACUCCAACAUCAUAAUAAUAAUAAUAAUAAUCCUAAUAACACUAGUAUUGCACUACCAACACAAACACAAGAAUUCAAUAUCAACAACCCUAAUAAUGAUCAUAUAAUAGAUAUGGAUAUUUUAAUGGAUGAAAUCAAUAAUAAGAAUCAACAGCAAAAACAACAAUCGUAUUUAUCACUUUUCAAAAGAGAACCAAUGGAGAAUACAUUGGAUACACACGUCGAACGUCUAAAGAUGGUAAAUUCCAAUUUCCAAGUGAUAUUGGAACAGUUCCAAGAGAAUCUAAAGUCAUUCAGUAAUACACUGCUCAUCAAUACCAAGUUGAACAGAUGCUUCGAGUUGAUCGAACAUCUCAUCGAGAAUCUUCAUAUCACUGGAUGUGACACCGAGACCAUCUACUCCAACCUGGAGUUCAAACUAGUUCAACUUACAACCACCACAACAACCACUACCACAACAACUACAUCAUCGUCAUCCAAAUCAUCAUUAUCAACUAAAUCCAAACAAUUACAACAACCUGAUGUUCAGAAUAAUAAUGACCAUGAUGAUGAUGAUGAUGGUAAAGAUUAUGAAGAUGAUAAUAUUAGAAUUAAACUUGAAAGAUUGGAGAAACUUGAGAAGGAGAAUAAGGAGUUGAAAGAGUUGGAUGCGCAGAGAAAUGCAGUGGUGGAACAACUUACUAGCACUUUAGAUUACUUUACAAAGAAAGAGAAGGAAUCAUCGCUGGAUGCCGAUAAACAUGGUGGUAUGGACGAUGACCAAAUGUCAUCACAGAAACAACGUGACAAUGUAGAAAGACAGAGAUUGCUAGACCGUAUUAAAGAUCUAGAGUUGGAGAAUGCCGAGUUGACUUCUACCACCAAUAUCAGUCGUAUCCAAGAGGAGAACAACCAACUCGCGCUAACAAUACAACACCUUGAAAAGAAUGAAUUUGAAACAAAUCAGCUAAAUGAUAAUCUAAACAAACAAAUUACAGAAUUAAAUCAACAAUUAUUACAUAUGUCAAAACAACAACAACAACAAAAUAAUAGUAAUAACAAUAACCAUAACAAUAACAUUAGUAAUAAUUCAAGUUUAGAUAUUUUAGAUGAUAAUAAUAAUCAGAGUUGUAAUAAUGUUAGUAAUAUAGUUUAUAAUAGUUCAACGAGUUGCUAUGGUGAUGAAAUGGAUAAUUCGGUAUCGAUGGAUGAGUUUCAGUUGACUCAACCGAGUGGAACUACUGGGUUCGAUGCACACUACAAGGAGAUAAUCUCAUUGCUGCGGGUGGAGACUAGUUCCGAUGUUUCUAUACAUUCUUCGUUGAUUCGCAAGCUGCGAGGUAUGAUUGAAUCGAAUGUGUCUAGUAGUGUGGAGAUUCACAAGUUGAAGGAAUGCAUUGAAUUUCUACGAGAGGAACUGGCACAGUCUACAAGUGAGAAAGAACAACAAAUAGAGAUGUUCUUAAAGGAAAAGGAUGAGCGAGAGUUAUAUUACUAUGAGGAUAAGAUGAAUGCUUUGAAACAGUUGGAGAAACAGAUGGAGAAAGAGAUGGCUGCGUCGACAAAGAAGUGUAGCGAUAAUGAGAAUAGCGAUAAUGACGUUAGUUUCAAUACGAUGGAUCUGGUGGAGGAGAUGCGUGCCAAAACUCUGGAGUUAGAGAGCGACUUGGCAAUGAGAAACAAGGAGUCAGAGUCGUUGCAGUUCAGGAUUACCUGUUUGUAUCAAGAGAUUAACGAUGCAUCUUGUAACCUGAUAUCACAGCAAGAGCAGAAUGGACACCUUCAUAAGCAGAUCGAUGAGUUGUCUGUGCAGUUGGCAGAGAAGAAUCAACAGAGCGAGCAGAUCCAGUCGCAACUGGAGGAGUCGAAAAAGUCGAGUUUCAAGUUGACCGAAAAAGUCGAAACAGGAGAGUAUGAAGAUCGCUCAGAUCCUGACAAAGACCGAGGAGAAGUUGAAAUUGAAGGAGUUGAGAGAGCUGAGUUUGACACACCAGAUCACACAGCUGCAAGAGGAGUUGGUCGUUCUCAGGAAUCAGGCACUUCAGAUGGAGACAGAGAAACAGCUGCAGUUGGAAGAGGUCAAGUCGCUCAGUAA